GGCGGGCAGGCGCGGGGGGCGCGCCGGCCUCGGGACAGUCGCUCACCCCGGGGGUCUCCCCUCGAAGCUGCUCUGGUCUCGGAGGCAGGUGGCGCCCAUGCCAAUAGCAGCGGCAGGGAGAAUAGGCUGAGGAGGACAAACGCGGUGUCCACAUGAAGCAAAAUGAGUAUCCCUGACUACAUGCAAUGCGCAGAGGACCAUCAGACUCUGCUAGUCGUGGUCCAGCCAGUCGGGAUUGUUCCUGAAGAGAGCUUUUUCAAGAUCUACAAGCGGAUUUCAACAGUGAGUCAGAUCAAUGUCCAUGACUCUCAGCGUGUGCUUUAUAUCCGCUACAGGCAUCACUACCCACCAGAAAACAACGAAUGGGGUGAUUUUCAGACACACCGCAAAGUUGUGGGGCUCAUAACCAUCACAGACUGUUCCUCUGGGAAGGACUGGCCUCAGACGUUUGAAAAAUUUCACCUUCAAAAGGAAAUAUAUGGCUCAACUCUUUAUGAUUCCCGUCUGUUUGUCUUCGGACUUCAAGGAGAAAUUGCAGAGCAGCCUCGAACAGAUGUAGCAUUUUAUCCUAAUUAUGAAGAAUGUGAAAAUGUGGAGAAGAGAAUAGAGGACUUUAUUGAAUCUCUUUUUAUUGUAUUGGAAUCCAAACGCCUUGACAGAGCCACAGAUAAAUCAGGAGAUAAGAUCCCUCUUCUCUGUGUUCCUUUCGAAAAGAAGGAUUUUGUAGGCCUGGAUACAGAUAGUAGACAUUAUAGGAAGCGCUGCCAGGGUCGUAUGCGGAAGCAUGUGGGUGACCUGUGUCUACAAGCCGGAAUGUUACAGGAUUCUCUUGUUCACUACCAUAUGGCUGUGGAACUUCUCCGUUCUGUAAAUGACUUUUUGUGGCUUGGAGCUGCUCUUGAAGGAUUAUGUUCAGCCUCUGUUAUCUAUCACUAUCCUGGAGGUACAGGAGGUAAACUUGGUUCUCGCAGAACACCGGGAAGUUCACUCCCUGCGGAAGCAGGCAACAGGCACAGGCCAGGGGCACAAGAAGUUCUUAUUGAUCCAGGGGCCCUCACAUCAAAUGGCAUUAAUGCAGAUACCAGUACUGAAAUAGGACGUGCUAAAAACUGUCUUAGCCCUGAAGACAUUAUAGAAAAGUACAAAGAGGCUAUUUCUUACUAUAGCAAGUACAAGAAUGCUGGUGUGAUUGAAUUGGAAGCUUGUGUGAAAGCAGUGAGAGUGCUGGCAAUACAGAAGAGAAGCAUGGAAGCGUCUGAAUUCCUCCAGAAUGCGGUCUAUAUCAAUCUUCGUCAGCUUUCCGAGGAAGAAAAAAUUCAGCGUUACAGUAUCCUUUCGGAGCUUUAUGAGCGCAUUGGAUUUCAUCGCAAAUCGGCUUUUUUCAAGCGUGUGGCAGCAAUGCAGUGUGUGGCACCCAGCAUAACAGAGCCUGGCUGGAGAGCCUGUUAUAAACUUCUCCUGGAGACCCUUCCUGGUUACAGUCUGUCUUUGGAUCCAAAGGAUUUCAGCAAAGGAACUCAUCGUGGUUGGGCUGCGGUACAGAUGCGCUUGCUUCAUGAAUUAGUGUAUGCCUCUAGAAGAAUGGGAAAUCCAGCACUUUCUGUCCGACACUUAUCUUUUCUGUUACAAACCAUGCUGGACUUUCUGUCUGAUCAAGAAAAGAAAGAUGUAACACAGAGUCUAGAAAACUAUACAUCUAAAUGCCCUGGAACAAUGGAAUUCAUCACACUUCCAGAUGGCUUAAAGCUCCCACCUGUUCCAUUCACAAAGCUGCCCAUUGUAAAAUCUGUUAAGCUCUUAAAUCUCCCUGUUAGUCUUCGGCCGCAAAAAAUGAAAAGCUUGCUGGGCCAGAACAUGUCAACUAAGAGUCCCUUUAUAUAUUCUCCCAUCAUUGCUCACAAUCGAGGAGAGGAACGAAGUAAAAAAAUAGACUUUCAGUGGGUCCAGGGAGAUGUUUGUGAAGUUCAGUUGAUGGUGUACAAUCCAAUGCCAUUUGAACUUCGUGUCGAAAAUAUGGGCCUUUUGACAAGUGGAGUUGAGUUUGAAUCUCUCCCUGCAGCACUCUCUUUACCUGCAGAAUCUGGCCUCUAUCCAGUAACACUGGUUGGUGUUCCUCAGUCUGCCGGCCAGAUUGCUAUCAAUGGUUAUCACACUUCAGUCUUUGGUGUCUUCAGUGACUGCCUUUUGGAGAAGCUGCCAGGAAUAAAGACCAAUGGCUGCACAGUGGAAGUCAUCCCAGCUUUACCUAGACUACAGAUUAGUACUUCAUUACCGAGGUCUGCUCACACACUCCAGCCUACCUCGGGAGAUGAAAUCACCACCAGUGUUUCUGUCCAGCUAUACAAUGGAGAGACCCAGCAACUCAUCAUUAAACUAGAAAAUAUUGGAACUGAGCCUUUGGAGAAACUGGAAGUCACAUCAAAAAUGGUCAACACAAAAGGGAAGCUGUUUGGUGACUUUCUGAGCUGGAAUCUAGAAGACACACUCUCCCAGUUUCCCCUGAAACCGGGAAGUAUUGCUACAUUUACUGUUUACAUUAAAGCAAAGCUUGACUUCUCCUGCCAGGAAAACCUCCUGCAAGACCUUAAUGAUGAUGGAAUUAGUGUGAGUGGUCUUCCACUUUCCAGUCCUUUUCGACAAGUGAUAAAACCACGAGUGGAGAAUAAGCCUGUAAAUCCGCCAGAAACAUCCAAAGUUGGUGACUUCAGUCAUGUAAAGACUCUGGAAGCUAUCUUGAAUUUCAAAUAUUCUGGAGGUCCAGGGCAUGCCGAUGGAUAUUACAGGAACUUGUCGCUGGGGCUUCAUGCAGAGGUUGAACCAUCGGUCUUCUUUACACGUGUCAGUACCCUGCCUGCAACGAGUACCCGCCAGUGCCAUCUACUCCUUGAUGUGUUCAACUCAACAGAACAUGAACUCACAAUCAGUGCAAAGAACAAUGAAGAUCUAAUUCUGCAUGCUGGGGAAUGCCAGCGCAUGGCUAUCCAAGUUGACAAGUUCAGCUUCGAAAGUUACCCAGACUCGCCUGGUGAAAGAGCACAAUUCACAAACCCCAAGCAGCUGGAGGAAGAGAGACAGCAGGCAAAAGGUCUGGAGAUCAACAACAAGUUAGAUAUUUUCUGGAAAAUUCCCUCUUUGAAACGAGAAGGGGAAGCAAGCGUUGAAGGUGUUCUCAAUCAGCUAGUCCUGGAGCACCUACAGCUGGCUCCUCUCCAGUGGGAUGUGUCCGUGGAGGGAAAGCUUUGUGACUGUGAUGUUGUGGCUGACUGCACAGUUGGAGACCCCGUCAAACUGGAAGUGAAGCUGACCAAUCUGAGCAGGCGCAGCAUAGGCCCCUUCUCUCUCACGGUGGUCCCAUACCAAGACUACCAAAAUGGCGUCCACAACUAUGAGCUCCAAGAUGGCAUCACUUUUGUUGGAUCCAACACCUUUUAUAUCGAUACCGUCAAACCAACAGAAUACUCAGUGUGCGUGGGAGCCCUCCUCUUUCUCUACACAGGCGAUUUCUACUUGAACAUCAAAUUCCACGAAGACAGCUCUAGCAAGGAGCUUCCCCUCUCGUGGUUCUGCCUGCCCAGCAUUCACAUCCGUGCUGUGAAGCCAGAGAUCCAGACCAAGCUGUAAAUGCACUGUGUAAUAGUGUACCAGGCUCCCCGCUCAGGGAGGUUCUCCGCUUGACCUCCGCCUGUUGCUUUCCAGUAUGAGAGCUCCAUUUCUGUGAGGGGCAUCCGGAUGUUUUCCACUAUUGACUGGUAGCAACUGGCGAGCUGCUUUGGCUUGUUUAAUAAGAUGUGAGUAUCCUGAGGAACUGGAUCUUCUUCAUUCCGAAAUCGUCUGCCAGGAAACAUUCCUCUUUUUCCCCCAAAGAUACUUUCAUUGAUGCUGAAAUGUAACACUGGGCUUUCAAGAUGUAGGCUUCAAACUGAAGAGUAGCUGGUUUACCAGUGUUUGUCUAGUUGCAGAAUAUUAAUUAAAAAUUUUCAGUGUGGCCUAGUGACCCAGUGUGACCCAUUUUAAAGCAACUGUGUGAUUCUCUCUCGGACCUUUAAGGAUAUCGCAGAUGCUUUCAAAAAUGUAGCAAAUGCAUCCUUAGAAUAUGCUCUUUUCCUCCUUCCUGAAUCUGGUCCUAAAUCUUCCUGAGGAUCACAUUUGUGAUCGAUUUCUGUCUAAGCCUUUUAAAUGAAAUCUCAGCCAGAUAUAAUGUUUAUUUGGCAGAAACAUGAUUUGAUCUAUCCACCAAGGCUCCAGAUUAUUUCUUUGUCACUGAUAUUUUUGAUGGUACAGUGAAUUGGCAUCACACUCACUUUUGAAAAAUCCAGCUGCCACUUUCCUAGGUUUUUUUUUUUAAUAGCCCCAGCUUCUGUUCUGUUGAAUAAGUGGAUGCUCAGGAUUCAUCAGAGAUGUUUUAAGAAUUGUUUCUCCGAUAAAACUGGUAUUCUGUGGCCCUGUUUUCUUUUUGCAUUCUGGAAAGAAAGAAUUUCAGGGCGGGGGAAUCACUCCCUCUUGCACUUUGCCCCUCUGUCUCUUUACUAGACAGGGAUAGUAACUACUGAACUGGACUAUUUGAUUUGAGCACUGGGUCUUGCUCUCCAGGUGUCUCUUAACAGAAACAUGGAGAAUGGUUUGCAAAGCAGGGGAAUUUCAAGUAACCAUAGUGCAACCCAGGUUACUUUAGGCUUAGCUGUAAGCCUGACACUGGUCAGAGCACACACGGUGCCAAUUUAGCAUGGCUGUGCUCUAAAACCCCAUCCCUGGUUAGAAUGCAGUUGCUUAGAAGGCAGCACCUGUCCUUGAUUUUUGUUUUCAGUCUAAGUUAUACAUAGCUUGGCAUAAUAGCCUAAGCAGCUAGCAUUCUUGUCUUUCAACUAGCAGCUUUUAACGAACACUAAAUGUUGACAUCAAAACCACAUUUUUUGAUUUUGCAUUCCUGCUUUUCAUUGUACUUGGGUGCGGGGGGUACGUUUCUUUUAAAAUCUGACAGAAAACUGAAAUCCCAUUUCAGAUGCAGAGUGUGUUAGGUUAAUUUGCACUGGCUUCAUUAAUUCCAAAGAAGAGUAUUACAGAUGUUGAAGACAAGAACAUGUGUAUUUUUGUCGGACGAACGGCUGUUUGCACAACAAACAUCUUUCUCAUGCUCACCUUUAGGUCGGUUCUCUGCACCCAUUUACACAUGAUGUUUCUGAGCCUCGUGAGGCAGAAUCAAAAUGGUGCACCUCCAUUUACACACAGGAAUUUCCAGUUUUCUCUUCCCCUUUCCACUGGCAAGGGAUAGUUCCUCCCGUCACCCUUGUUACUGCAGCUGCGAAGGGAUAUCCUUCUCCUGCCAGGAAAUAAUAGUUUGUGCCACUGUGGAGAAAAAAGAAAUACAGCAAAGGCCCCUGAGCCAUGGAAAACAACACACGUAAAAGCCAAUUCUGGGAAACUUUUUGCUUUGUUUCCUUCAGUUUAUAAAUAGCUACAUUUUUGGACUUUUCUUAGAUUUAAAAAAAAAAUUGCAGUUGCUCUUGACUGUAGUAGGUAGGUUGCCCAACUUCCAAAGGUAGUAUGAAAUUUAAGGGCAUAAGUAUUAACUUUUGAAAAUCCCUGCUGUUUCCUCCCGUCGGAUCUUGCAGAAUGUACAUCUACUCUUCCACGGAGCAUUAACCAAAUAGCCAGAGAACACACUUAACAUUUUCUUCAGCUUGUUGGCAGGCAUUUGGUGGCAAGCUUUCUCCUACUCCUUGCUUUUUCUGAGCCGUGAAUAUUAGUAGAAAGUGUUCUACAGUAUCUAUUAAUCCAGGUCACAUGUCUUAACAGCCAAUAGCCUCUCCAAAUGGGCAAGUGUUCUGCAUUACCUUUGCUCUUUUGUUUAUGAACUCUUGCCAUCCUGGCUGAGAAAACAGCCCAUCCAGGCUCUGUGUAGGGUGUGUAAAUUGCCCCACCCUGUAGUUCAUUUCCCUCCCUCCCUCCCCCCCCAAAAAGCAUCUGCUUACUGAUAGAUAUUGUCCCAUGCAAGGUGAGCUUUGAAGUCUGUUCUAUGUAGCAUCUAAGCUUCCCCUUGUUGAGUUGAGUGAUUAUCUGCUUCAGCACUCUCACAGUUCACUUGUUUGCACGCAAAAUGAGAAAGAGAGAGGAAGCUGGAGGUUCUGGCAGUUCUGGAACCCUGCAGAUUACGGGUUUUCAGCUGGAAGUAAAUAUCCAGUUGUGGUUUCAUUGGCUCUGAGUUGUAUAUUCCAAAGGAAGCUGCUGUAGCCCUUCCUUGACUUAAUGGCUCAUCCAUGUCCUUAACAUAUUAGACUCCCAUCAAAGCCGCUGGCAGGAUGUGCUGUUGCAAGACCUUCUGUCCCAGUUUCCACCCCAGACACCCAUCUUCUUUUCUGGAAAUGCAGGUAAAUUUCCCUGCCCACCCAGCGUGAUGUGUAAUAGGCUAAUUUCCACUUCCAUGUCUCCUGCAAUUCCUCUGGGAAGGGUUCAGCCAUGCUUUAAUAUAUUAUUAAAGUUGGAAGCAGGGUUUGAUCUGUUGCAUGCAUACGCUGGAGAAAUAACAUGUAAGUUGAACUUUGCAAAUAAAUAAUCAGCAUUUGUUAACCCA